GCCGUCAUUGGUAUACGACAUCGCAAGGGUCGCAUUCGGCCGGACAUUCUUCAUUCGAGUGUUUCGCGCUGUAUAUAGUAAUAAUAAUAGUAACAAUAGUAAAAUAAUAAUAGGUAUAUAAUAUAGUAAAUCGUAUAAAUUAUGAUACCCCUUCUGUUCGUGUACUUCAUAGCUGCCUUGAAAGUAUUCAAAAAGACCACUCAAAAUGGCAAAGUGACGGUCUAUCUAGCCAAACGAGAUUUCAUCGAUCAUCUGGACAGCGUGGACCCAAUCGACGGUGUCGUCGUCGUGGAAAAUGACUACUUGCAAGGCAGAAAAGUGUUUGGAAUGGUGUCGACAACGUAUAGGUACGGAAGGGCCGAGGACGAAGUGAUGGGCGUGAAAUUCAGCAAAGAAAUGGUGUUGGCUUGCAAUCAAAUCGUACCGCCGACCAAGGAUACGUCGUCUGACCUGACGCCCAUUCAGAGGAAACUCCUGAAGAAGUUCGGCACCUCCAACGCUUUCCCUUUUGUAUUUUAUUUCCCGCCCAAUUCGCCGUCCUCGGUGACCUUGCAGCCCGGUGACGACGACGGUGGAAAGCCGCUGGGAGUGGAGUACAACAUACGCACUUACGUGUCAGAUAGGGAGGACGACAGGGGACAAGGAAGGUCCACGGUCGAGUUGGCCAUCAAAAAGUUGCAAUAUGCUCCGCCGUCGAGAGGUCAACGGCUGCCGAGCUCGUUGAUCAGCAAAGGUUUCACGUUUUCUAACGGCAAAAUCAGUCUGGAGGUAACCCUGGACCGGGAGAUCUACUACCACGGCGAAAAAGUCAUAGCUACGGUGGUGAUUAGCAACAGUUCGAGAAAAUCCGUCAAGAAUAUAAAGGUUUACGUGGUGCAACACACCGAGAUCACGAUGGUGAACGCGCAAUUUUCGAAAUUCGUCGCCAGCCUGGAGACUCGGGAGGGCUGUCCCAUCACGCCGGGCGCUUCCUUUUCAAAGCAAUUCUACCUGGUACCUUUGGCCGCAAGCAACAAGGACAGACGGGGAAUCGCGUUGGACGGACACUUGAAGGACGACGACGUCAACUUGGCCUCGUCCACGCUGAUGGCUGACGGCAAAGGACCAAGUGAUCAGACUGGUAUAAUCAUCUCUUAUUCGGUCAGAGUUAAAUUGAACUGUGGCACUCUAGGCGGAGAAUUGGUUACCGACGUUCCAUUCAAGCUCAUGCACCCCAACCCAGCUUCCGAGGACUACGGCGCGGCGUCCAUGACCAAACAACAACAGCCCAAACCAGCUUUGAAAAAAAUGAAGAGCAUGGACAGACUGAAGUACGAGAAGACUUAUGGGGACGACGACGAGGACAACAUAGUGUUCGAAGACUUCGCGAGACUUAGGUUGGCCGACGAAUAAAAAAUCAAAAAAUAUUAUAUACUGAACUUAUGUGCGUGAAUAUAAUAUAGGAAAAUCGGGAUGUGUUUUAACAAAAAAAAAAAUAUACACAUUGUUUACUGUUGAAAAAUAAACGUAAGCCGAUUGUCUUGUGUGUGCUCGACAGGACGUUCGCAUCGAUCGGAUCCUUUAAACUAUCGACCGAACCUGAAAUACAGGAUUCGAUUCCCAGCACAAGUUCACGACAACAAUGGCACCGCCUGUGCAUAUGUUAUAAUAUUAUGUAUUACGGGUAGCUCCCAAAUGUCAUCGACAAUAACGUCCAUCGCUUAGGCAAUGCCUAACCGGAAUGUUCGGUACUGGUUCGAUUUCCAUUUUUCACACCUUUGACCCUUCGCGUACCGCGUUCACAUGGACGACACAACACAGGUCGCCGGGGUCACUUUAAUUGAUAACUUGAUAUUAUUUCCGAUUAUUGAAUGAGGGCAAACAGUCCGAAACACGUUUGCAUAACGUACAAAACAAACGGGAAAACGUUGAAUUCCAAAAACUUUUUACUCACCCUUGUCCCUUACCCAUUCACACUCAAAUAGUCGACAGAAACGUGUAACAAAUUAUAAUCAAUAUAAAACCACAGCAAAAUAUAACUAUAAUUCCCACAC